AUGAAUUUAAAGAUAUGGCCCUACCAUACAUUUCUUAUUGUAAUUAUGGAAUUCUCAAUGAUGUUGACAGCUUUAAACAAUGUAUUCAAUUUGUAUUAUAUUAAUGUGUUGGGCUUUCAUCCCGAUACGACCGUUGUAAUUCUCAAUUUUACCGGAAUUUUGUCUGGGUGUUGUAGACUGAUUGGUUCAGCAAUUUCUGAUGGUUAUUUGGGGAAAUUUAGAGCAAUAUUUUUUGGUGCUAGUAUUUUUGUUAUUGGAAAGAUUGCUUUGACAACCUCCUCAUUUUUCCCGCCCGGUUUCCCCCACCCUUGGCUUGAUUUUGCUUGUGUUUUAAUUGUUAUUAUUGGCACGAGUGCAAUGAGUCCAAGCAUUGCACCUUUUGCGGGUGACCAAUUUGAUCCUCAUCAAGAAAGAAUGAUCUCAGUGUUUUACUCAAUUUUUUAUGCUGCGAUAAAUAUAGGUGCUGUGAUAUCUACAAUUGUAAUGCCUUUGCUCAGAGCAAGACCUUGUUUUGGAAGAGAUUCAUGUUACCCUUUUUCAUUCAGCGUCUCAACUAUUGGUGUUAUUAUUUCUUUUGCAUUUUUCUUCAUUGGCAGUAAAUGGUACACCAAACAGCCUCCUAAAGGAAACAUUUUUGGGGCCGUUUAUGAUGUUGUUAAGACUGCCCGCUCCAACAAAAAAUAUGCCAAAAUUCCCAAAAAUCACUGGCUUGAUCACUAUUUUGAUACCCACAUUUGUGAGGAGGAUAGUAAAUGUAUUGAAUUAAAGAAGGAAAAGGGAGAUGAGAAUGUUUGUCACAAACAACAAUUUAUUGAAGAUUUUCAUUGUUUGUUAAGACUUGUAGUUGUUUUAAUACCCAUGCCUAUGUUUUGGGCUUUGUAUGAUCAGCAAUACAAUGUUUGGAUGAAUCAGGCACUUCAGUUAGAUAGUCGGAUAUGGGGUGGCAUUCAUCUUUUGCCUGACCAGAUGCAAGUCGUUAAUCCGGUGCUUAUUAUUGUGCUCAUUUUUAUUUUUCAAUCAUUCAUCUACCCCUUUGCUGAAAAAAUUGUAAGAUUAACUCCACUACGGAAGAUGGUAGCUGGUGGAUUUAUUGCAGCAAUAGCCUUUUUUGUCUCGGGAAUUGUACAGCUACGAAUAAAUUUAUCUCUACCCGAGUUUGCUGAUGACGGCCAAGCAUUUGUUUCCAUUGUAAAUACUUUUGCUAAAUGCCCUCUGGAAAUAACUCAUUUGGAGACAGGCGAGACGAGGCUUUUGUUACCAAAUACGUCUCUAAUAAACGACAAAACACAAAAUCGCAUCGAAAUGUUCCGUGUAUUUCUUGGCCAAAAUAAAUGGAAGAUUGACGGCGUUGGAGACAAUUGUGCUGAUUUAAAUAUAAAAUUGCCUCAAGUUUAUGAAUUUGAUAUUAAAGAGCCUAUGAGCUUUAUUGCGAUAACUACACGAGGAGCGAUUUUGGCUUCGGCCGAAACUGAGAAGCCUACAGGCGGUUCUGGUCAAUUUAAAAUUGCCGUGAUUAUGGCGAUGGAGGAUGAGAAGGAUGGGCAUAAUAACAAACUAUUGGCAUUUUGUCGUAAUGAUCAAAAGUGUAAUCAACAUGAUGGAAAGAACUUCUAUGCCUUCCUAAACAAGAAGAGAGAACACUCCCUCCAAUUUAUUAAUUAUAUGACAACAAAUACAACAUCGACAUCUUCAGAUUUGACUGCGUCCCUUCACCCUUAUAUUGAAGUUAGGCCGGGGAGUUGGAAACUUUUCCUUCUACACAACGAACCAACCAAACUUAUGGAAGAAAAAUUAAAUGAGGAACAAUUAAAGGAUGUUGAAUUCGAGAUGGACGCACAAGGCGGAAUCUAUGCCCUCAUAAUUACCGGAACUAAAAAAGACCCACACGCAACAAUUCAUCAAAUUGUCCCUCCAAACUCUGUCAGCAUUCUUUGGCAGUUACCCCAAAUUUUUGUUAUUUCUGUCGCUGAAAUAUUAGUUUCGAUAACUGGAUUAGAGUUUGUGUACUCACAGUCUGGCCCUUCUAUGAAGGCAAUAGCUAGUGCCUGUUGGAGUUUAACCUCAUCACUUGGCAGCAUAAUUAUUAUAAUUAUCACACUCCUACCUACAAAGAAUUUGGCUGUCAGAGCUUUUCUAUUUUCCGGUGCAAUGAUAAUUGAUGUGUUGAUAUUUGCUUUUCUAGCCAAGUAUUGCUACAAAUACAGAAAAAACACAGCAGCAUAUAAAGAACCCUCCUCACUAAAACAAAAUUCGGAAGAAGUCAAGUCGGAUUAA